CAUCCCCCCAACGAGACACCCUCCCAAAAAAAGCCACCACCCUUUCCAAACCCUACAUGAAAGACCCACCGAGCAAUAGAAAUGGCGAACGCUAUAAUGAUACCUAAUAAUGAAUACGACAAUAUUACGAUAGUAUAAAUAAUAACGGCGGCGACAAAGACGAUUUUUAAUAAAGUGUUAUUUUGUUUUAAUUAUCCUAUAAGUCGUGACGUCGUCUGGUCGUUGAACUUAAUAAUCGAUUUCCGUUCAUGGAAUAGUGACUAACCCUUGAAUGAGGAUGGGCCCCUGACGGAGUUAUGACGACCACAAUUGCACCCGCUAUCUCGGAUGAUAAUACAAAUAAUUAUUAUUAUUAUAAAGGAUUAAGGAUUAAUACUUCCUUUUGUAUGACUACCGUCCUGGUGAUAAUGCGCAAUUUGAUAACGGCUGACUGACAUGGAUGCUAUCAUAAGCAAACCAGGACACUGCUACAAGUACCAAGGCCAUAGUUCUGCCACCACCGAAUUCUGACAUACAAUUACUACAGACCACGGUAGUUGCAGCCCACCACUGGCCUGGUUCGCUUGUGCUGUGUCGUUUUCGUCCGUUCCGCCUCUAUCCGGUUGCCGUCAGUUCAACGUUCGUCGCUUGCACAGACGCUCAGUCGUUACUCGUCACUCGUGCGGAAUCAACGGUGGUUGUUAACUACUCCGUCACCCCUAUCAUGACUCCGGUACCUUUAGAAAUUAUCGAGACCAAGAUACUAAAGCCGUUUAAAUACCCAAGACUUGUGCACGACGGGUACCUAUACCAUUUUCACAAAAAAUGCAGUCGUCACCUUCGAUGGAAAUGCAAUCGUGUUUAUUCGUUAAAGUGCCCGGCGGUGCUCAGGACGAACCUGGAUAUGCUAAAUCCGCAGUGUAUCGCCGUCGAUCACGAACACGUUCACGGAAACGACUUGGUCGCAGUCGAACAAUUAAAAUUAAAAUUACGCGUACACCAAACUUCGACCUUAUUCAAGAAAAAUACCUGUUUUAAAUCAAAAGAUUUGGACAAAUUUGAUGAAGAAAUUCACUCACCUGAUAAUAUGUUAGAUAAUAAGCUAGCCAAAUUUUGUGCUUCUAUGAAUAAAGUUUAUUUUAUUGAUCCACUUGAUCCCGAACAUGAAUAUGGAAAUGCUAAAUGUAAAGAAAUAAUCAAAAUUAAUAAUUCAAAAGAUACAAGUUUUAAUUUUGAAAAUUGUCCAUCCACUAGAUUACAACAACAAAAUAACCAAAAACAAAGUAUAAUUGAAAAUGGUGUUGGCAAUCAUACAAAUGAUUCUUUGCCAAAACAAUGUAUUAAAAGACGUCGGGGAAGACCACCGAAAGUAAAAAAUAUGAUUGUCAGUGAGAAGAAGGAAAAUGAUAUACAAAAUAAUGAAAUUACUUUACUUACAAAUACAUAUACGGAAACAAAUAAUUUGACUACAGACACACACAAAGAAAUAAAUAAUUUGACUACUAAUACUCAAAAAGUCAAAAAUUUUUUGAUUAGUAAAAGUAGUUUGAGAAAUAAAAAAAAUAAUAAUACAUAUAAUUUGACUAAAAAUAAUCGCAAAGGAAAAAAAUGUUUGGUUAGUUGUAUAAAUAACGAAAAAAAUAUGUCAACUGCUAACAGUAACACAUCCAAAAGAUCUUUAACUACAAAUACACACACAAAAAAGAAUAUUAUAACUACUCAUAAACAAAAAAAUAAAAAUUCAUUAAUUACAAAUGAUAAUGGAAUAACAAUUUCUUCAAAAGUAAAAAAAUACACUUCAAAAUUUACAAACCAAAAUACAAAUACAAUUAAAAAUUCACCUAUAAGUACAUCUACUAUUACAAGUACAUAUACAACUUUAACAUCUCCAAUUAAAAGUAUACCUAAAAUAGAAGGUGUGCCUACAGCUUUAACAACUACAAUUAUAAGUACUCCUAAAAUUGAAAGUACUCCCACAAUUGAAAGUACACCUACAGUUACAAGUACUCCUAUAAUUGAAAGUUUACCUUCAAUAAAAAUGGCAGAUACAAUUGAAAGAUGUAUGAACAUCAAGAGUAUUAAUUAUGAGGAUGAUAUAAUUGUUAUUAGUGACAACGAAGAUGAUGAUUCUAAUUUUAAUUUUUUUGAAGUUUAUGAUAAUGAAGAGAUUAAUAAUAAAAUUAAUGAAAUUGAUUCUAAUGAUUAUGAUUUUAUGAUACAUACGGAUCUUGAAAAAAAUUGGUCUACAAUUGAAAGUACACCUAGAAUUAUAAAUACACCUACAGUUGCUCCUACAAUUACAAGUACUUCUAUAUUUACAAGUACUCCUAUGAUUGAAAGUACACCUUCAAUUGAAAGUACUCCUACAAUUGAAAAUACACCUACAGUUACAAGUACGCCUAUAAUUGAAAGUUUACCUUCAAUAAAAAUGGCAGAUACAAUUGAAAGAUGUAUGAACAUCAAGAGUAUUGAUUAUGAGGAUGAUAUAAUUGUUAUUAGUGACAACGAAGAUGAUGAUUCUAAUUUCAAUUUUUUUGAAGUUAAUAAUAAUAAAGAGAUUUAUAACGAAAUUAAUAAAAUUGGUUUAAAGGAUUAUGAAUUUAUGAUACUAACAGAUCUUAAAAAAAAUUGGCCUACAAUUUCAAAUAAAAUGAGUGAUCCUUUGACAGGAAUUAAGGUAUUUGAAAGUAUUUUAUUUAACAAAUUAUUAUUUCGGAUAAUUCGAGGAAAUGCUAAAACUAAAAAAAAAUUAGAUUACUUUAAAACAUCUAUUGAUCAUUGGAAAACAAAGUUUGAGUGUUUGUCACAUCGAAUAAAGACAUUAGUAAAUAGUACAAAAAGUGAUAAAAAUACAAGACUUAUAAAUAUUCAAGAUAAAAAUGUAAAGGAUACAACAUUAAGUUCAAAUAUUGGAGUUGACAAGCAAGCAAAAAAUAUUGAUAUAAAGAAAAGAGUUUCCAUAGAAUUAAAAAGUGAUAUUACACCAGACAAUUUGAAAACUUCAAAAUUAUGCCAACAAUCUUUAAAGAGUAAAAACAAAUACCUAUCUGAAUCUGAUUCUGAUAUUAUGACAAGGAAAUCAGAAAAAAUAAAAACGAAUAUAUCUUCUACACCAGUGAAGGCUGAUUGGAUUAAAGAUUUUCCAAUCGAUUUAACUAUUACUGAUCAAAAUAAUUUAACUCAAUCUGACUCUGGUAUUAAGAUUAAUCAAUCUAAAGUUAAUGAAUCAAAUGAACUUUUUACUCCAGUAUCUGAUGUUACAAAAGCUUUAGAAUUAAGCCCGAAAUCGUUAAAAAGAAAAAUAUCUAAUUUGAUUCAAAAUAACACGAGUAUUGAGAUAAUUAAACCUAAAUUUGUAAAAUGCAGUGAACCUUCUUCUUUAGAAUUUAUUGAUUCAACUAUAGAUAAUCUACCAGAUAUGAUAGAUUCACGACUCAGUCCAAAAUUAUUAAAUAGUCAAAUUAAAAAUUGUACUCAACAUAACACUGCUAUUGAGAUGACUGAAUCCAAUAUAACUGAGUAUUAUGAACCUUCUACUUCAGCAUUCAUUGAUUUAACUGUAAACAAUCUAUCAGCUAUAACAAAUUCAAGGUUAAACGGCGAAAAAAAUAUUUUUACUCAGUAUAGCGAUGAUACAGAGAUAAAUCCUUCUAUUUCAAUAUCCACUGAUUUAAGUAGUAAUAUUCCCACAUUUUCAAGUUCAUCUAUGAGAACAAUAACUCCAUUGAACGAUAAUUUAUUAUUACAUAAAACAAUUACUCCUCCUUUGUGCACGGAUGCUCCAUCAAAUGUAGAAAUACUUAAAAAUUCAAAAAUUUCAACAAUGAAAUUAAAAAGAAAGAAUUCCGAAGAGUGGACGAGCCCUAGACAAAUAACCGUUUACCCAAAAACAGGUCCAUCAAUUGGUAGAUCUGUUAUUUUACCAUUUGCCGUAAAACGAAUAAUAAAAUCAAAUUCACAGUCAGAACCUAUAAUAAUAAAUGAGCUAUAUAAUUAUAAAACCAUAAAAUUGGAUAAAAAAGAUCUAUUAAAUACACCCAUCAUUCCUGUUCAAAUGAAAACUCCAUUACCUGAUGUUGUAUAUGAAAGCACUCAAAUUAUGAAUGAAAUUAAUUGUAAGGAAACUAUUCAAUCAAAUUAUUCACAUGAUCAACAUAAAUCACCAAACCAGAUCAAAUCUGAACCUGAUUUUUCAAACAAGGUAUAAAUUAUUUGUACUUAACAUAUGUAUUUAAAAUAUUAGGUAAAAUAAAAAAAUUUUAGUGUUGAUUUUAUUUUGUUUUGGUAAAUAAUUAAAAAAUUAAUAAAUUAUUAAAUAGCGUUUAAUUUAUUUCCUGUAUUUAUUUAAUUUUAGAAAUACUUCAAUGUUAAAUUAAUUAUUAAAUGUAAAAUGUAAAUAGUCCUGUCAGUGAUAGCUAAUUUUUAUAAAAAAUAUUAUAAGAAAAUAAGACAAAAUGUUUUACUUUAAAUUUAUUUAUUGUAUUUAUUUAGUCAAUAAAUAAGAUAUUUAAUUUUAAAAGGAUAAACAAUACUUUAUUAUUUAUUAAUUUGCUGGAUAAAGUAUUAAGUAUUUUUAAUUUUCAACUUUUUUUCAUGUGGCAUCUUGAGACACAUGUUACAGAUUCACCAUUCCUGUACUAUGUUUUUAACUUUAAUUUAUAAUACACUGUUCCUAUUAUUUUAAUUAUAUUUUAAUACAUAUAAUAUUAGUAAGUAACUACUUACUACCUACUAAUAGUAUUUGUCGAGCAUUAAAAAGUAGGUACUUACCUAUAAUUUAAAUAAUAUGUAUACAAAAGAAGAUAUUGAAGUUUAUUCAAAAUAGGUAUGAGUCAAUAUAGUUUGAAUUUAAUUUUUAUUUACUACUGGCUAGUUGUUAGGUACAUAAAGAAUAGAUAAGAACCAAUCAAGGCCGUAACUGAAAACAAAAUCAACGUAAUAUAACGUAAUAUCUGAGCUAAAUGUUACUUAUAAUAUAAAUUUGUAAUAAGAACUUAUAUAAACUCAAUGAUGUACUACAUAACUUGAUGGAAUAUCUCACAUGAAAAUAUUCUGCAUACUAUUUCAUAUAUACAUAGAUUGAUUAUCUAAGCAUGUUCACGCAAUUUUUCAUGUGAUAAUGAAUUUAUUCAAAUUAUGAUUUUUAGAAUUUUUAAAUAGAUAUACUAAGUAUCAUAUUUUUGAAUAAAAUAUCUCUAUGAUUUAAAAAAUGUAUUAUAGUGGUAAAAACUUUAAAAAAAAUUUUCAGAAAUAAAAAGCAGCAUAUUUACUGUAGGUAAAUUGUGAAGCAUUUUUUUUUAGUAUAAUAAUUUUAUAGGUCUACUUGUCUAAAUCAAAAUUCGAACGAGUAGUACAAUGAUGUAUAGUUUUCGAGUUAAUUAAUUGUAUAUACUAAUACUAAAAAACAUAUUGUUCUUAUAAAUUAUUUUAUAAAAAUAUAAAAUAUAAUAUGUAAUAUUUAAUCUAGUAUUUUUAUACUCGGGCAGUGUUUAUAAAUUAUAAAAAAGUUGAUGAUUAUUAAAUUAAUUAUGUAUAUAUUAUAAUUAUAAUAAUAUUUUGAUCAAUUAAAUAUAGUUAAAUAUAAAUUUAAAAAUACAAUAACUUAUUUAAAAGAAAUGUUUAUAAUUUUUCUACAAUGCAGUAUGUUUAUGUUUUUAUGUACUUAAGAACACUUUAUGGUGAUGAUAUAAAAUCAAUGGAAUUUUUAUUUUAGAAUACAUUAAUAGUUUCUUCAAAUUAUACGUUAUUCCAAUGAAUUAUUUACUUAACAUUUUUCCAAAACGUGCUAUUAUCAUAAAAUUUAAUAAAUAGAUAUUUAUUGGUUAUUGUCCAUUUUAGAUUUUAACCCCUCAUAUAUGUAUAUAUAUUAAUUGUGUAUAAUUUGCUGUACAAAUAAAAUCCUACAUAGGUAAUGCAUUAAUUUAUUUUAAUCAUUAGACAAAAUCUUGUCUUCUUUUAUUUUAUUUUAUGUUACUGUAUUAUAAAUAACGUUUUACUUAUUUUGUAAUAGUUGUUGUUUGUAUAUUAUAACAAAAUGGUAAUUUUGUGUGUCAAUUAUCAAAUUAUUAUUGUAUGUAUUGUUUUAAACUACACUUUUAUAAAAAUAUUUUUUUUUGAUAUUAAAUAUAAUAAACAGGGCUCAUAAGUUCAUGUACAAAGAUAACGCUUAAAUAAACGUCGGUCUAAUAUGCUCCUAACAUUUCUCAAUUAUCGACUUAAUUUUUAUCAAUAUGCAGUAAAAAACUAUCAAGUUAGUUUAAAGUAAUAAAAACAAAAAAAAAAAACUUAUAUAAUCAUGCCACAAAAUAACUACCAAAUUACAAGUAUAUACUAAAUAAAAUAUUAUACCUACCUUAUUGAAUCAUGUUACCCUUGUAGCAAAUUUCUUCGUUAUUUGGCAUUUAAUGAGACUGGAAAAGAUCGUUAUUCAAUGCAUGAAUUUAUGAUCUCUGAUACCUAUUUAAUUGUCAAUCGGUAAUUUAAUAUUUGUUUAUAACGGAUGAUGUCUAUAUAAAUAAAUGUUUUAAUAUUAUAUUAUAUACCUACUAUACCUACCUAUUAAUUAUUAUAUUCUGUUGUGACAGUUUCUUUAACAUAUAAGCAAAUAAAGUUAUUCAGGAUUUAUUUGCUAUAA